AUGAGUGCCGGCAGCCACAGACGGCAGCCCCCCGACGGCAGCCCUGGGGCUUGGCUGCCCAGCAGCAGGGCCCGCGAGGCGCCCCCUCCUCUGGCCGUCUACUGCAGCGAGGCCGCCUACCCUCCUGCUGCUGCGCCGGCGCCGUCGGGGGCCUACGGGCUGGAGUGCGGGCCGGCGGCGGGCUACCCGUGGGGCGGCGGCGGCGGGGGGGCGGGCUUCCUGCCCUACGGGGGGGUCCCGGCGGGGCUGGGGGAGGCGGGCGGGGGCUGGCCGGGGCUGGGGCUGGGCGGGCCGGCGGAGGAGCUGCUGCGGCUGGUGCGGCCGCCCUACUCGUACUCGGCGCUGAUCGCCAUGGCCCUGCAGAGCGCGCCCGGCCGCCGCCUCACCCUGGCCCGCAUCUAUCAGUUCGUGGCCGACACCUUCCCCUUCUACCGCCGCAGCCAGGCCGGCUGGCAGAACUCCAUCCGCCACAACCUCUCGCUCAACGACUGCUUCCGCAAGGUGCCCCGCGACGACGACGACCCCGGGAAGGGGAACUACUGGACCUUGGACCCAAACUGUGAGAAAAUGUUUGACAACGGGAACUUCCGUCGCAAGCGCAAGAGGCGCUCUGAGAGCAGCUCAUCCCGCGUGGCCUCCCCGUCUCCAGCCGUGGGGCUUCUGAAGACCGAGGAGAGGCUGCCCAGCACUCCGGCCCCAGGGAAGCCUGGCAGGAGCAGCCCCUCCCCCUCCAGGAGGGAACACGUCCGGAGUGCCUCUCCGCCUGCAGUUGCCUCGCCCAGCUGUCUGAGUGCCUUCUUUGGCGGCAUGAACUCACUGAGCAAUGGAGGAGGCCGCCUGGUAGGAAGCUUGGCCACGGAGCUACAUCCCAGAAACCUCUCUGCUGGGCCACUCCGUGCCGGCAGCUCCACACAGGAGGUCCCUCCGGCAGAGCAGCUGCAGCAGGCCUCAGGCCCCACUGGUGCCUACUACAGCCCGCUGCAUCCGGGCCCCAGCAGCCAGGCCAGCCAGUACAACCACUUGUACAACUUCACCGUCAGUAGCCUCAUCUAUGCCCGGGAGGGCACGGAAGUGUAGGGUGCUGCGG